AUGUCCGAGCAUACCGAGCUGCUGACCGAGCAGUAUGACAUGCUCAACGAGCAGCUCGACCUCUUGGCGGGCAUCCCAGGCCUGGAAGAGAAGGCCAAAGAGGUCAGCAGCAAGCGGCGGUCGGCCAAGGUGCUGCGGCGCCAAGGCAAACGUCAAGGCAAACCACAGUUUUUCGAAGAUGACGGAACCAACUCGAACACGGCGUCGUCCUACCUGCCAGCGGAUGCCGCAAACCCGGUGGAGAUCAUCAAGUCUCUGGAGACUACUUGCCAGGACUUCGAGAAUGUGCAAGGACAGCUCAAUACGUUGCUGGCCAAGGCAGAGCAGCUUACGAUGGCAGCCUUAGAAUCGCCGCCCAUUCUCGAGGCUCCCAGCGCAUCACCCAGCCGUGGCGCCUCCAAGAGCACGCUGGGCACAGAGGGCCCCCGUGAGCCGGUGCUCAGCAGAGGGCCCUCCAAGACCUUCAGUGACGGACUUUCCACCGUCGAGGAGGAGAAGAAGUCCGGUGUGCGGUUCCGCAGCCGCCCGCAUCCUCUUCUUGAGGAACACUACGCAUCCCUCCUCAGCACGUUUCACAAGCGGGUGCAAGAAGAAGAGUCCUUUCAGGAGCGGUGUCGACACGUGAUCCGCAGCCUGGAUGCUCUCAUGGAAGGGCGGCAGGAUCCAGGUAAGUAUUUUGUAUGCUGA